AUGGAGGUUAAGAUCAUCAAGGAUAAUUAUGUAACCAAGACGCACCUAGAAGAGCUAAAGAAAGAUAAAUCUUUCUUAAAAACAUCCACAUCACCAGCUCAUCAUCAUAAGGUAGGUAGAAGGUGCAGUGCAUUCUUGUUGGAUGUGGGUACUACGUUCGGCGACAGUGGGCCGAUGGGCUUGUCGCACGAGUUAUCAACAGCUGAUGUACCGUUACAAACAACUGACGUACAGACAGAGACGGAAAAGAUAGCUAUCGCACAAGUAGCUAGUCGUGCUCGUGAUAGUGUCGAUGCACUCGCACCUGUGUCAGAUAUGCAUAAGGCUGACCUCUUUACAUCUGGAGGCGUGACUGCUUAUAACGGUGCGGAUGGGCGGCAAUCAUUCAGCGCAGGAGGCGCUAAAACAACUCCAAUUCCAAUGCAGAACUCACCGAGUAAAAGCAGGAUGAAUGAUGACAAAACAAUUGUAGUGAAUAAGUUCUCUAACAAUAAUAACGCAAUAAAAGAUACAUCUUGUGAUGGUAAUUUUCAGUCUUCGCUAACUAUGGCCGAAAUAUUGAAAAAAGGUGAAGCUUGGAAAAAAUGA